AUGUCUCUGAGACGCUCAGCUCGCGUUGCAAGUAAUAUCACGCCAGUACCAUUGGAUGUCAAAGCCCAGGACAGUGUUGCGAAAUACGAGAAAGUCAGCAAAGCGAGUGUACCUGCGAAGAAGCGCAAAACCACAAAGGCGCCUGCCAAAACAUUACCCGAUGCAACCAAGAGCGAAAGUACUACCAACGGAGCAGAAAGCUCGGAUUCAGUGAAUCCAGCGUCAUUCCUACCAGCAACGCCCCUACGCAAGAAGCGCAAAGCGGUAUCGAAGUCAACAUCAGAACCAGAAUCGCCACUAAAACCACCAUCGUUCACACCAACACCUGCUGGUGCCAGCAUCUACUCCUCUACGUCUUCAUUCUCUCCCCCUAACCCCACCACUCGACCAGCAGCUCCUCAUACCACAAACGCCAAUUUGGCCACUCCAAAUGGCUCGCACGUGGUGCAAGCCUACGCCUCGUCUCCUGCAAAACCCGCUGACCCUUCGCCUGCCAAGAAGCGAAAAGCAAAAGAGAUUGUCCCGCCGGAUGUUGGUGCCAUCCCCCCCGCGAGCACGGACAUAGAUAAUCUGUUGAAAGACGCAGAGGAGUUUCUUAUCAAGACAGAUUCUAAAUUAGAAAGAGUUGUAAGAGGACACAAGUGUGAGAUUUUUAGUCCAGAUGGAUUGAGAGAAGUAGUGAGGCCGUUCGAGUCGCUGGGAAAGGGGAUUAUUGGACAGCAAGUAUCAGGCCAAGCAGCCGCAUCAAUUCGUGCAAAGUUUACUGCUCUCUUCCCUGAGACACACCCUUCUUUUCCUUCUCCCGCCCAGGUUCUCACCAAAGAUAUCCCUACAUUGCGUACAGCAGGUCUCUCCCAACGCAAAGCAGAAUAUAUCUAUGGAAUCGCCGAGAAAUUCUCUUCCGGUGAGCUCUCCGCUGAGAUGCUGGUUAGUGCUAGCGAUGAAGAGCUCAUCGAGAAGCUAGUAGCGGUGAGAGGAUUGGGACGAUGGAGUGUAGAGAUGUUUGCUUGUUUUGGGUUGAAGAGAAUGGAUGUUUUCUCGACUGGAGAUCUUGGUGUACAACGAGGCAUGGCCGUAUACGCAGGCCGUGAUGUAAACAAGCUCAAGAACAAGGGUGGGAAGUGGAAAUAUAUGACCGAGCAAGAGAUGCUCGAUAUGGCUUCCAAGUUCAAGCCAUACAGGUCGCUCUUCAUGUGGUACAUGUGGCGGAUUGCCGAUGUGGAUCUUACUGUUCUGCAGAAGACUUGA